AUGGAAGAUGGGGUGUUUUAUGACUCGAAACAAAAUAUGGAAAGAAUCAGCGAGGUUGAACGGCUUUUCGGGUUCCCAUCCAAUAAACUGGUAACUACAAAUCGUGUAUUGGUAGGAGAGGGUGUUCUUACUAAGAUAUGCAGGAGGAAGCCCAAACUAAGACACUUUUUCUUGUUUAAUGAUGUCCUGAUUUAUGGAAGAAUUGUUGUGAACAGAAAAGUCCUUCGCAAUCCUCAGUUUAUUGACCUUGCGGAUGUCUCUGUGAAGAACGUUUUGGACAACGGCAUCUACCGAAACGGAUUUUCAAUCCUUAGUCCUAGAAAGUCUUUCACUGUUUACGCAAGUACAUCUGAAGAAAAAGCUCAGUGGGUAGUUCAUUUGAGGAAGUGCAUUUCGAAUUCCCUCCAUUCCACUAAGCAGUCUGAUUCAAUCAAAAAAUCACCGAUUUGGAUUCCAGAUUCAGAAGCAUCACAUUGUAUGGUAUGUGGUACUACGGAAUUCAACUUGGUUCAUCGUCGGCAUCAUUGUCGACAUUGUGGUAAAGUUGUUUGUGAUAAAUGCUCAAUUUAUCGUUGGAUAUUACCCUAUCAGAGUUCAUCACGUGUACGCGUUUGUUCAAUAUGUCAUAGGAAAUUGUUAAUUGAAAAAAACAGCGCAUCUAGUCACCUCAACGACGACUGUCAACAUCAUCAAGAAGAAGACGUAGAAGCAGAAGACGAAGGACAAGAACGAGUUCAAUACUCACAAUAUCAUUAUAAUCAACAAUUUGAAAAGUUGUCAGAUGAAAAGUAUUCACCCAUUACUAAUACUUCUAUGACUACCACUAAUACUACUAUUACUGCAGCUGCAGUUGGCACUAAAAUUAGUUCAGUGAAUGAAACACCUAAAAAUGGGAUUGUUUUAACACCAACCUUUCUUGUGAUACAGAAUCAGAAACAAAUGAUUGAGGGAAUAAUGUUGGCCUCUUCAGGCGCGCACACACACACACACAGAUGCUUCGUUAAUCAUCAACGAAAUCAAACAGACCUGGAAUUAUGCAAUCAUCUCAUUUCCUUCAUAAUUUUAUUCAUCUACAAUGUGAUCUAUCUGUGCAUCUCUAUGAUGCAAUCACAGUCACUGUCUUCCUUUUGCAGAAAUUGA